CUUGCGCGUAGCAUUCGCAUUUAAUUCUAAAGAAAGUAGAUCCCGUUUAUAUUUCUGUAGAAAAGUAUUGAGUGCAUCUAAAUUUCAGCGGAUGUAUCUGAAAAAUCCAGAAUUCAGCAAGGAACUUGUUUUUAUUCAUAAAAAAUCCAAAUUUGGUUCAUUUACUGGGAUAAUUUUUUCAUAGCAGUGCGGAUGAAUAUAUCUUUUUACCCCUAACCUCCUUUCGCGCUACCGAAGUGUAGGCCUAUAAUGCGAAAUGAUGGUGAAUGUUGUGAAGUAAGAGUUUUAUUUCAUAGUUUUAAUGUAUCAAAUUGAAGACUGCGCGAUAUUUUAGUGAUGUGGAUUGUGGUGCACAUAUUAUGAUGUGUGAUGUACACUUUCUCGGAGAAUUUCGAGAGCAAACCAAGUUAAACUGGCUGUGUUUGCUUCGGCGGGGUGUUGGCAGUCGGAGAGGUUUUGCCUAACAUGGCUGCAACGCAAGCGGAACCUCAGCACAAGGAGGCAAUUCGUGAGCAAGUGCAACAAGAGCAGCCCGUGGACGUAGCCAAUUCUGGAUUACAAAAUGGAACAGAGAAGAACGGGAAUCGUGACAAUGUGAGCUGCAAACCGAAAUUGGCUGGCCCGAAGAGCUUGACCGCAAGCUUGGAGAUGAGUCAGUACCGACAGGAGUCGGGUGCAGGACCUCCGAGCAUAAACAGUGAACAGAGUGGAAAUAGUAGUGAUGUGGAUAGUGGUAAAUUAAAUUCCGACAAUUCGGGAAAGCCGUUCUCGGCCAAUUCAGACGCCCCUGGUGACCCGAACUACGGCAAAGUGUCUGAUAAUGCCGCCCCGGGCUAUCCCAUGGGAUACCCAGCCAGAGGAAACUACCAGCACCUGGAUCAGCACCCUGCAGGCAGCAACAAUUCGGAAGUUCACCUACCUUACGGACCUCAGGGCAUGCGGCACAGCUUUCCUGGAAAGCCUCAAGCUGGUGGUCCCAUGAUACCACCUCGACCACCCAGUGCUGGUCCUAAUUCAAACAGCCCUAGUGGACCGUUUCCUCCUCAUGGACAACAACAGAGGUUUAUGUCGGGGCAAAGUAUCUCUCAACCCACUGGACCUACUCCCACCUUGAACCAGCUACUCCAAUCAUCAAACCCAGUGCAUAGAUAUCAAAAUAGUUACGGUGAAAUGAACAUGCAAAAGCCUGGUGAACAAGGCCCGGCUGGAUAUGCUUACAACCAGUGGCCGUCUUCAUAUCCAUCACAGCACAUACCGCAAGGAUACCGCAACCAGAGUCCUUACGGCGGCCAGCAGCCCUACCCGGACCAGCGGCCGUCGUGGGGGUCGCCCGCGCCGCCCGGCCCGGUCAUCCUCCCGGUCACCCUCCCGGCGGCCACCCGCCCGGUCACCCACCCCCCGGUGAGUAAUCGCGUUGGAUCGCCCAGGGAAUCGACGACCCCCAAGCCCUCCGUAAGUGUUGCCUCCUAA